AUGGUCGAGCGGGCUGCAGGGGAUUCGAAUGCGGUCGCCUCCCAGCGCUCGGCUGGGCGACGCGUCGCCGGUGCGGUGCUCGACGCGUCGGCCUUCCCGCACAUCCUGGAGCGCGUCACCGCGUUCGCCGAUCACAACACGCUCCUCGCGCUCCGGGGCACCAGUCGAGGGGGGUACGACGCGGCCGAAGCGCGGCUGUUCGCGCACGUCGUCCUCAAGAUCCCGUACGAUACGAGCGUCGCAGACAAAUACAACGAGCUGCACUGGACCACUGGUGACGGGCGCCGGCUCCCCGGCUUCCCGGUGCGCACCGACGCGGAGUGGGCGGCGCAGGUCCAGCUCGGCGGCGUGCCGCGCGCGCUCUUGGCCCUCGCGCGCGUGCGCGUGCUCGACCUCCACCGCGUGCCCGAGUGCCUCGUCGCCGCGCUGCCCCCGCUGCUGCAGGUGCCGACGGUCCGCGUGCUCGACAUGGUCGGCGCGGUGCGCGGGCUCGCGCACACGCUCGUCGUGUUCCCCUCUGCGGGCGGCACGUCGUUCUUCGCGCCCACCACCCGCCGCGUCGUGCACCAUGGCGGCGCGGACAGCUGGCCGACAAGGUACCUCGUGCGCGACGACGGGGCCAGCGGCGCCGGCGCCGGCGCCGGGCCGCCGCGCGGCCCAGUGUCGUAUACUCAGCGCAGCGGCGCGGCCCUCGCCCGCCGCGACGAGGUGCUCGUGUUCGGGCCGCGCCGGCCGCGGGGGUGGAACACGCCAGGCGACGACGUGUGGGGGUGGUCCUCGAUCGGCGUCGAGCUCGGCGAGGUCCUCCGCACAGGCAGCACUGUCACGCUCGUGGGGUACGCGUGCGGCGCGCGUCCCCGCGCCGAGCACGACUUGGUGGACGAAGUGCGAGCGUGGCUCGCUGGCCGCGCGGGCUCGUGGUUCACGGGCACGACUGACGACCCCUUGAGCGAGGAGGACGCGCACACGCUCGCGCACUCGAUCAUGUUUGUCAGCCGCGCGCAGUGGGAGGCCGGGCUGGGCGAGCAUCAGGCGGCGGUGUUUGAAGUGCCGCCCGAGUGGGACGGCACGUAG